AUGGGGGAAGCUCUCGCCUGGUCAGACACGCACGCAUGCCGCUUCGACAUCAGCAAGUAUCAAAUGGUCCACUUCACGAAAAAUGAGAAGAAGUACACGGAGGAGCAGGGGGCGGAGGCGACCUUGCUCAUCCGGGGUACUCCCGUUCGACCGUCGGAAUCUGCCAAGUACCUAGGGGUGAUUCUGGACCGCCACCUCCGAUUUCACGAACAAGUCGAUGCCGCAGUUGCCAAGGGCACCGCUACCGUUCUCGCCAUCUCCCGUCUCACCCGACCGACCUUUGGGCUCGCGCACAAGCACGUCAGGCAGCUCUACCGCGCCGUCGCAGUCCCG